AUGAGAAACAUCAGCCCUCCUGCAUCCCAAGCUGUCGUUGAGCUCAUUAUCCCAUCCCUCUACCUUGUUGCAAGUCGGAUUCCCGUGGUGAUGACAUUUUCAGGGGCACAAAUCAUAAAUAAUGUCCAGCUGGCAGCAGCUCGUCCGGCCAACAAAGCACAAGUGGAUAAUCUCAUUCCGCCAAAAGCCUCCGUGUUUCCCGAUAUCGAGAUGAACCAGACCAACAAACCCCCCUCUUUCUUCGUCAAUCCCAAACACGGGCUCCCUCCCGCAUCGCUAUCAACUUCCUCGCUGGUUGAAAGACAAGUUGCGAGAGAAACAGGACCAAGCAUGGCUGUUAAUUAUCGCGCAACCUCAGCCACAUGGCGCCAAGGGCCAUACAUUUCUGCUUCUUGCCCUAUCCGUGUCGCGGCCCGGCCAUUCCCGCCAGACUCUAGACCAUUGCCCCAUGCUUGA